GUCAUCACGUAGCCUCAACGUGCUCCGCCCUACGGUUGUGAGGUGUUUCCGCAAAGAUGGUGGUCGGUGCCUUCCCAAUCGCCAAGCUCCUCUACCUCGGAGUGAGGCAGAUGAGUAAGCCCGUGGCGAACCGAAUCAAAGCUGGAGCCCGGAGGAGCGAGUUCUUUAAAACCUACAUCUGUCUCCCGCCGGCACAGAUUUACCAUUGGGUUGAGAUGAGAACGAAGAUGCGGAUCAUGGGCUUUCGGGGUUCCACCAUUAAGCCACUUAAUGAAGAUGCGGCUGCAGAGCUUGGUGCAGAGUUGCUGGGAGAGGCAAUCAUCUUCCUCAUUGGCGGUGGAUGUAUGGUGCUGGAGUACAGCAGGCAGGCUGCUAACUCUCGUCGCAAAGAAGAGGAGCUGAAUGAGACCGUCAUAAGCCUACAGACUCAGAUAGCAGAACUAACACUAACCACAGAGACAUUAGAUGCUCAGCUGAGAGAGGUCAACAGGCAGCUGGUGUCCUUUCCUGUUCCCAACAAAAAAUAAUAUCACUUUUUGCUAUAUGAUAGGGUUAAAAGACCCACGCAUAUAGCAAUACUCCAUGCUUCACACUCUCCCUGCUCAAUAAAUUGGGUGGAUGAGGUGAAUUAAAGCAUAUCCAUGUAGUGUGGAUUUGGGUGAUGUAAUUAGCUCAUGUUUUGAGCAACAAAUUGUAUGGGGGAUUGCUAUGAUAUUCAUAGUAUAUUUCUAUGGCUGAUCUCGCAUGUUCCUUAUAAAGUUCACUGUACAGAGAGAUUUACAGUUAAAAGCAAUGGUGACUUUAAAGAUAAUAUAUUUUGCUAAAGCUACAGAGAAUUUAAUUGUCUCAUUAUUUCAGUGAUAGUCAUGGAUAUUAAUCGCUUGGAACAUGAUGACUGUUAUGCUCGGUUGCCAUCUAUAUUGCCUAUUGUGCGGGACUUCAUCUUCUAAUAAGGUCUUGUAAAUAAGCAUCAUCCUGUGUGCUUGAUAAGUGGAAAGAAAAACAAAUAUCCUGUGUCAACAAAAGAUCGUUUUUUGGAUUGAUGUGCCCUUUGAGUUUCAUGGAUAUGCCAUGGUGCAUUUAAACUGUAAAUCCCUUUUCUGGUUCAUGUGCUUUGGAUGUGAUGAAAGCUGUAAAAGAAUUGUGUAAAAUAAAAUAAAAUGGGUAUGAAGUCUUG